AUGGACUGGCAAUCUCUCAGGGCAGCAGCAGUGCUGUUCGUUUUUCUGGUGGUGGCAGAAGUUAACAGUGAAUUUCGAAUCCAGGUAAGAGAUUAUAACACUAAAAAUGGCACCAUCAAGUGGCACUCCAUCAGAAGGCAAAAACGUGAAUGGAUCAAGUUUGCUGCGGCUUGUCGUGAAGGUGAAGACAACUCUAAGAGAAACCCAAUUGCCAAAAUUCACUCAGAUUGUGCUGCAAACCAGCCAGUCACCUACCGCAUCUCUGGAGUAGGAAUUGAUCAGCCACCUUAUGGAAUCUUCAUCAUUAACCAAAAAACCGGUGAAAUUAAUAUAACAUCCAUAGUUGACCGGGAAGUCACUCCUUUUUUCAUUAUCUACUGCCGUGCUCUGAAUGCACAGGGCCAAGACUUAGAGAGACCUCUUGAACUGAGAGUGAGAGUAAUGGACGUAAAUGACAACGCUCCAGUAUUUUCCAUGGAUACAUUCGUAGGACAAAUAGAAGAAAACUCUAAUGCAAAUACACUGGUGAUGAGACUCAAUGCUACUGAUGCAGAUGAACCAAACAAUUUGAACUCAAAAAUAGCCUUCAAGAUCAUAAGUCAGGAGCCUUCAGAUGCGCCAAUGUUCAUCAUCAACAGAUACACUGGAGAAAUUCGGACAAUGAAUAAUUUCAUAGACAGAGAACAAUAUGCUCAGUAUUCUCUUGCUGUAAGAGGCUCAGAUCGAGACGGCGGGGCAGAUGGCAUGUCAGCAGAGUGUGAAUGCAACAUUAAAAUCCUUGACGUCAAUGAUAACAUCCCCUACAUGGAACGGCCUUCUUAUGCCAUAAGUAUUGAAGAAAAUGCUCUACAUUCAGAGUUGCUCCAGAUUAGAGUAAUUGAUUUGGAUGAGGAGUACACAGCAAACUGGAUAGCAGUAAUUUUCUUUAUCUCUGGAAAUGAAGGAGGUUGGUUUGAUAUAGAAAUGAAUGAAAGAACAAAUGUAGGAAUUCUAAAGGUCGUUAAGCCCCUAGACUAUGAAGCUAUGCAGAGUCUACAACUUAGCAUCGGUGUUAGAAAUAAAGCUGAAUUUCAUCAUUCAAUUAUGUCUCAGUAUAAACUCACAGCAACUGCAGUCUCUGUGACUGUGACCAAUGUAAUUGAAGGCUCAGUGUUCCGCCCAGGUUCAAAGACAUAUGUAGUGACCAGCAAUAUGGGAGAUAACUACAAGGUUGGAGACUUUGUAGCUACUGACUUGGACACAGGUCGCCCUUCAACAACUGUUAGAUAUGUAAUGGGAAAUAAUCCAGCUGGCCUGCUGGCUGUUGAUUCAAGAACAGGUGUAAUCACAUUGAGAAAUAGAGUAACCAUGGAACAGUAUGAAAGGCUUCAGGGAAGAUAUGAAGGAACCAUUCUGUCCAUAGAUGAUUCUCUUCAAAGAACUUGCACUGGUACAGUUGUUAUUGACCUUAAUGGUUCUGGCUGGGCCAGUGGGCAAAGUAAUUCACAGACCAAUACAAACACCCCUAGUACGAAUAACCAGGCCGGAGGAGGAGAAACCGGAGGAGGAGAAACUACCGGAGGAGGAGGCAACAGGGGCGAUGUCACCACAAAUGAGAACGACGUUACUCCCUCUGAUGACUCUUACAAUGAGCCAAAUGAUAAUAAUAAUGGAAAUAGUUACGAAACUAACACUGGUUCUUACCAAGGUGAAGGUGGUCUCUCAGAUAAUGUACAUUUUGGUCCUGCUGGCAUUGGGCUACUCAUCAUGGGCUUCUUAGUCCUAGGCUUGGUCCCGUUCUUACUGAUCUGCUGCGACUGUGGGGGUGCCCCUGGGGGUGGAGUUGGCUUUGAGCCUGUUCCUGAAUGUUCUGAUGGAGCAAUUCAUUCAUGGGCGGUAGAAGGCCCACAGCCUGAACCCCAUGAUAUAGCCACUAUCUGUGUGCCACCAAUGCUACCUGGCAAUGGGAACAUAGUAGAAUGCAUUGACAACUCAGGAGUUUAUACCAAUGAGUACUGUGGCAGAGAAAUGCAAGAUAUGGGAGGAGAAGAAAGAACAACAGGAUUUGAACUAAUGGAUGGAGUUAAAACAUCAGCUGCACCUGAGAUAUGUCAAGAAUAUUCUGGAACAUUAAGAAGAAAUUCUAUGAGAGAAUGUAGAGAUGGAGGUCUGAAUAUGAAUUUCAUGGAAAGUUACUUCUGUCAGAAAGCAUACGCUUAUGCGGAUGAAGAUGAAGCCCGCCCAUGCAAUGACUGUUUACUGAUCUAUGACACUGAAGGUGCAGGGUCUCCAGCUGGCUCUGUGGGUUGCUGUAGUUUCAUUGGAGAAGACUUGGAUGAAAACUUCCUGGAUACGCUGGGGCCUAAAUUUAAGAAGUUGGCAGAUAUCAGCUUGGGGAAAGAAAUCGAAUCCUAUCCAGACCCUGACCCUUCUUGGCCACCUCUGAACACUGAACCUAUUAUCCCUCAGCAAACAGAGCCCAUUGCUACUGGACACCCACCAAUCUCCCCACAUUAUGGUACGACCACCGUAAUUUCUGAGAGCACUUAUCCCCGGGGCCCUGGUGUACAGCACCCUACACCUAUUUCUGAUCCUCUGAGCUAUGGCAAUGUCACUGUGACUGAGUCUUACACUACCUCGGGCACUCUGAAGCCCUCUGUCCACCUUCAUGAUAACCGUCAUGCGUCGAAUGUGGUGGUGACGGAAAGAGUGGUAGGCCCCAUCUCUGGCACUGAUUUGCACGGAAUUUUAGAUAUGCCUGACUUGAGAGAUGGAUCCAAUGUUAUAGUGACAGAAAGGGUAAUAGCACCAGGUUCGAGUCUACCCACUUCUUUUACAAUCCCUAAUUCCAGAGAGUCUUCAAAUGUGGUAGUCACAGAAAGAGUCAUCCAACCAACUUCUGGCAUGAUGGGCAGUCUGAGUAUGCACCCUGAGUUGUCAAAUGCCCACAAUGUAAUAGUGACAGAGAGAGUUGUGUCUGGGGCUGGCAUAAGUGGAAUUAGUGGCGCGGCUGGGAUGAGUGGAGGUGGGAACCUAUGCACCAGUGGCUUAAUGAGCACCAGCCUGGGUGCCAGUGGUGGGGGGUUGAGUGGAACUGGGGUAAGUGGUGGUGGUAUUGCACUGAGCAACCUGGGUGGAGGUGGAGGCCUGAGUAGCAGCAUGGGAGGCACAGCCACCAUUGGCAAUAUGAGUUCCUCUGAUCAUCAUUUUAGCCAGACCAUGGGAUCUGCCUCUCCGAGCAUGGCUAGAAGUCGAAUCACAAAGUAUAGCACAGUACAAUACAGUAAGCAAUAA